CGCGCGCAGGCGUAGUAGGCGUGGAGUGUGUGUAUGCCCACCUCGUGUCCGCCGCGUUGCAUCCGAUCGUAUAGGCAGACGGGAACGGGGAGAAGCCGCCACCGCGCCUAAGGACCUAAACGUCGCCCAUCGUCGUCACAUCUGGCGGCGGCGCCAGCGAGAUAGGGCCGGAGAGGUGCAGCAGAAGAGCGCAUGUAGGCGGUGAGUGGGGAGGGGGGAGGAGACGGCCGACGGCGGGCUUUCUCUCUCUCUCUCUUUCUCUCUCGCUCGGGAUUUCUCUCCUCUGAGCAGGGCCGGGUAAAGUACAAAUACAAGCUGCGACUCUCGUGCCCCUCGGCGUGCUUCUCGCGGAAGAGUGCUUGAUAACCCACCCCCUUCCGCUCUCGUCGCUCGCUUUUUAUUUUUUCUCGUUCGAGAUACCCAGCCCGACACGGUCGACACCACGCUCGCUUAUUCUCCAAGAUGCAUUCCAAGUCUGCUGCCGCGCUGCUGGUUGCCACCCUCUUCUCGGCCGCGGCGCUGGCGGGCGGCCAGUUCAGCUGCCAUUCGCGACAGGCUUGGGGGUACUCGCCCAAGUGCUGUAUGAACAUUGACGGCCAAGUCGGGACCAAUUGCAUCCCGGCGCAUCAGUUGGGCGCCACGAAUCCCAUCUGGGAAUGCAACCUCUUCGUAUACAACAUCACGGGAUGUUGCCAGGGAAUCGGCUAUAAGAAUCCGAACACCAACAACACGCUCGACCUCUGCACCAUGUACACCGACUUCUCGUGAUAGAGAAGUCAGUUUCCCGGGACGCCCGGCGAGCGUUGGCGCUCGAUUCGACCCGGUAGAAGGGGCGGGACGGGACGGGACGGAAGCUAGGCGUGGGCUGCAAAGAGGGAGGCCUGACCCGUGCAAGUUUAUAGACGAUUUCGCAUUACCUCCGCCCUCUUCUUUCGCUGGCGUGACACGGGUGGGAGGACGGGAGAUACCAAAGCUGCGCACGC